AUGUCCUCCAUACAGCCGUGUUCGACACUGGCACGCCGGGCCUUGAGUCGACAUACGGCAUUGAAAUGUCAAUGCCAUCGUCAAUAUCUGGGCGCAGUGCGGUCCUUCUCCGUGCUGAAUCGGCCGCCGCCCAACUAUCCCGGCCAUGUUCCGUUGACAACCAUUGAACGAAGUGCCCUCGCUAUAGGGUCGGCUUUUGGGUCUCUCGUCAAUCCUAGGAGAGGAGCUAUUAAAGAUCUCAUCGCCGCCCUCGGCGAAGCAACUGCAACACCAUACUUUAUAUACCGCCUCCGCGACGCCAUGCUAUCGAAUCCCACCGGCCGCCGCAUCCUCCGAGACCGACCGCGCAUAUCCUCCGAUACACUCUCCCUCCCUUAUCUGCGCAGCUUACCGGACAACUCCGUGGGACGCACGUACGCCAUGUGGCUGGACCGCGAGGGCGUUUCGCCAGACACCCGCGACACUGUGCAAUACAUUGACGACGAGGAAUGCGCUUACGUGAUGCAACGGUACCGCGAAUGCCACGAUUUCUACCACGCCGUGACGGGGUUGCCGACCAUGGUCGAGGGCGAGUUGGCAUUGAAGGCGUUUGAGUUUUUGAAUACGGUGCUGCCCAUGACAGCGCUCAGUUUGGCGGCCGUGGUAAGGCUGAAACGCGCAGAGAGAGAACGGCUGUUUGCGUUGCAUUUGCCCUGGGCAGUGCGUAGUGGGUUGGGCAGUGAGGAGUUGAUUAAUGUAUAUUGGGAAGAGCAGUUGGAGCGCAAUGUGGAUGAGUUGCGCGCCGAGUUGAAUAUUGAGGCACCGCCGGAUUUGAGGCAGAUACGACGCAUGGUUCGGCAGCAGGAAAAGGCAGAACGGGAGAAGAGGGCUGCCAAAGGCACUCAGUGA